ACCCUAUAUAUCUUCAGUGCCCUGUCAACCCCACAUGCAUUCUCUUACUGCUUUCUCAAAUUUCUGUCUUUCUCCCUCGUAUAGCUUCUGAAUUCGUAUUCUUUCCUUAGAAUAGGCUAUGAUGAUGAUGAUGAGGAAGGCAAGCUUUGCCAUGUUUGUUCUUGCUUUGAUGCUUCUUUUUAUACUAGAGAGCCAUGCUUCUACCAGUGAAGCUCCAGCUCCACAACCACAACAAAAUAGCAGCCUUCCCAAGUAUGGCUCUACUCAAGGCAGCCUUCAACCUCAAGAUUGUGGACCACAGUGCACCAGAAGAUGCUCAAAGACACAGUACCAUAAGCCAUGCAUGUUCUUCUGCCAAAAGUGUUGUGCUAAGUGCUUGUGUGUACCUUCUGGAACUUAUGGGAAUAAGCAAACUUGCCCUUGUUAUAAUAACUGGAAGACCAAGAGAGGAGGUCCCAAAUGUCCUUGAUCCUACCCCUUUAAUUUUUUCAUAUACAUAUGUGUAUCUUGUUAAGUUUCCAUUGUUUUGUAAUUUCCCCGAAUUCCCUCCCCCACCCUCCCACAACCCCUCCCCCUCCUUUCCUUUAAUUGUUUUUUGUUGUUGUUGUAAUUAAGAGCUGUAUAAAAUCUAAGAUUAUGAAGCACAUACUUCAUAUUGAUUCUUUCUUGAA